CCUGGUGAAGAUGGACAGUCCUCCCCACUCUCCAGCUAUUUAAGGGAGAAAGGAGGGAAGUCGAAUAAGGGGAGGAGGUGUUUUUAAUUUCUCCUUUAUUCAGUCUGGGAAGGGGAGUAAGGAUCUUAAAAAAAUUUUUUUUAAACUUUCCUCUUCCUCUUGUCCCAGAGCAACUAAUGCAGGUUCAAGUGCUACAUUCAAUGUUCAGGAACAGAACGCUCUCCUGGUGUCUUUUCUCCGGGGAUUCAAAUCCCUCCGCAGCCAGCCCUAGCCUGACCUGAGCAGCCUUCUGCAGGGUCCUUGUCCUAGAGAUACUGAAGCCCAAUCACAAGUGUCAUCAUGACAACAAUGAGGCGGAGGCGCGAAUCAUCACAGACCCAGCUCUGGUGAUUUUUUUUUUUCCCCUAAGAAGCCACAACAUUUAAACUUGGUCUGCCCUGGACCGCAGGGUCUGACAAGACAAUAACAACAGAAAAAGCUUUUAAAACCAAUUUAGCACACGUGAAAAUGUAAUUCUAAUGAAGAAUCAAUAGGCUGGCGGAUCAUUUUUCCUGGGACUCCUUGGAGAACCUGAGAGAGACUUUCAAUCAAUGGUGCAAGCGAUGAGCAAAAGGGCCUGAGAGACUGUGGGGGACAGGGGCGAGACCAGGAGACAAAGAGAAACACAGUGGGAGAGGGGGCUGCUGGGGGGCUGAGGCAGGGGCCCAGGCCCUUUGGCACCACUUUGCCAGCUUCCAAAGGAAGAGUGUCAGAGCCACGAGCUAAGGAGGUGCUUCUUCCUCUACCCUUCUGGUAUGGGACAGACUGCUCAGUCCAACAGCCUCAGCUACCUUUCCUGCCUGGGGCCUGGGGCCUAGGCCCUGGCCCUGCCCCAACUCUGGGCUCCGUGUUCAGGUCAUUGUGACAAGCUGGCUUAGAAGCAGUCAGGGGACACUGUGCAGUUCCCAGCCGUUGCCCCUCUGCCUGUGUGCCUGGGACAUUAGAUCUUGUUCAUGUCUGUGACAUGCAGCACGCACAGGUGUGGCCAUGCUUGGCACUUUAGUGAUCCCUUGCACACUCGUCAUCACAGCCUAUGAGAAGGGCAGAAUUAGGAUCACUAUCUCAGAGAAGGGCACAAAGAGCGCCCGGUGAGGGUCCUCACCCCUCUGGGUGACUGGGCGUGGUGCAGGAGGUGACAGGAAGAGGCUAAUGAGGUGAGUGACCGCCUCAGGUGUGUGCAAUGGAGUGACAACACGACAGUUGUGGAUUUUGUUGUACAUGUUACUCUCCUGGACUUAUCCUCAGAGAUGUUCCUCUGUGUAUAAUUUGUUUUAAAAAAUUCUCUUUUUAGGGUUUUGUGCCCUUGGGUUGGAAAAUCACUGUUUGAUGGGAAAAAAAAAAAGAAAGAGCGAGCGAGCGAGCGAGCGAGAAAGUCUGAUGUUUGGAAUCAGCAACGUUGUCCUGAAGUUGAGUUUGCGAGGCGACACGGCGGCGGCGGCCGCGCUGCUCCCGCUCCUCUGCCUCCCCAUGGAUAUGCACUGCAAAGCAGACCCCUUCUCCGCGAUGCACCCAGGGCACGGGGGUGUGAACCAGCUCGGGGGGGUGUUUGUGAACGGCCGGCCCCUACCCGACGUGGUGCGGCAGCGCAUCGUGGAGCUCGCCCACCAGGGUGUGCGGCCCUGUGACAUCUCUCGGCAGCUGCGGGUCAGCCACGGCUGUGUCAGCAAAAUCCUGGGCAGGUACUACGAGACUGGCAGCAUCAAACCGGGCGUGAUCGGCGGUUCCAAGCCCAAAGUGGCAACACCCAAAGUGGUGGACAAGAUCGCUGAGUACAAGCGGCAGAAUCCCACCAUGUUUGCCUGGGAGAUCCGCGACCGGCUGCUAGCCGAGGGCAUCUGCGAUAACGACACCGUGCCCAGUGUUUCUUCCAUCAACAGGAUCAUCCGGACCAAAGUGCAGCAGCCUUUCCACCCAACGCCAGACGGGACUGGGACAGGCGUGACUGCCCCCGGCCACACCAUCGUUCCCAGCACGGCCUCCCCUCCCGUUUCCAGCGCCUCCAAUGACCCAGUGGGCUCCUACUCCAUCAAUGGGAUCCUGGGGAUUCCUCGCUCCAAUGGUGAGAAGAGGAAACGUGAUGAAGUCGAGGUAUACACUGAUCCUGCCCACAUUAGAGGAGGUGGAGGUUUGCAUCUGGUCUGGACUUUAAGAGAUGUGUCCGAGGGCUCGGUCCCCAAUGGAGACUCCCAGAGUGGCGUGGACAGUUUGCGGAAGCACUUGCGAGCUGACACCUUCACCCAGCAGCAGCUGGAGGCUUUGGAUCGGGUCUUUGAGCGUCCUUCCUACCCUGACGUCUUCCAGGCAUCAGAGCACAUCAAAUCAGAACAGGGGAACGAGUACUCCCUCCCAGCUCUGACCCCUGGGCUUGAUGAAGUCAAGUCGAGUCUAUCUGCGUCCACCAACCCCGAGCUGGGCAGCAACGUGUCAGGCACGCAGACAUACCCCGUUGUGGCCGGUCGUGACAUGGCGAGCACCACUCUGCCUGGUUACCCCCCUCACGUGCCCCCCACUGGCCAGGGAAGCUACCCCACGUCCACCCUGGCAGGAAUGGUGCCCGGGAGUGAGUUCUCCGGCAACCCGUACAGCCACCCCCAGUACACGGCCUACAACGAGGCUUGGAGAUUCAGCAACCCCGCCUUACUAAGUUCCCCUUAUUAUUAUAGUGCCGCCCCCCGGGGCUCCGCCCCUGCCGCUGCUGCCGCUGCCUAUGACCGCCACUAGUUACCGCGGGGACCACAUCAAGCUUCAGGCCGACAGCUUCGGCCUCCACAUCGUCCCCGUCUGACCGUCCACCCCGGAGGGAGGGAGGACCGACGCGACGCGACGCCUCCCGGCCACCGCCCCAGCCCCACCCCCCUCCCAUGUCCCCCGCAGCCCUUCACGUCGCCCCAUCGAAGGCCGGACGGGACGGGUGGAGCCGUGGGUGGGACGCUCAGGCCCAGGCCCGCCGCCCCUCGCCGCCCGUCUGGACUGCGCGGCGCCACGACGAGGACCCGGCCUGGCCCGGCCCGGCCCGCCACCGCGCGCGCCGGCCACGUUCGUGUGACACACAAUCAGAGCGGACUGCAGCGCGGCCCGGCCUCGGACGCUCGGGCUCCGGGAGGCUUCGCUGGAGGAGCUGGGCAGAGGAAAAUUCAGAACACAGACUUUGCGCACGGGAGGAAGAGCCCCCUGCCGAACUCUGGGGGAACCUUCUCAACCCCUGCACCAGCCGGACUGCCUCCGCCUUCCGGGCGCACCGCCCCCAGAAGGUGGGAUGACGGCGUGGGAGUCGGAUCUUGGCAAGGUUGGGACCCGGUGGCCGGCCCCGGUGGAGCCCCUCCCCACCGCACCUGGACUGCCCGGCUCCCCAGGGCCCAGGCACCUCCUACUACAUGACCCGACCUCAGCCCCGCUGGCCCCUACCUCAGCGUCUCUUCCUCCUGCAGGCCUCCCAGUUUGCCCUCCUGCUGUCCUUGGCCCGCACCACCACACCCUGUACCCCACCCCUGCCUAACUCGCAGCCCCGGACGCUCUCCCCGACCCGCGGCAGGGCCCGCACUCAAGGGCCGCGAGCAGUUCUUCCCCGGGCAGCUCCUGGCCGCCCCCUCCCCCGACACAGACUCUGAAUCGCCCGCAACAGGAGCGGGUCCGGAGCAGGCGUGUGAGCUUCGGCUUGGUGCACGUGGGGGCUUGCCUAGGCCACGCCCCCAUCCCUCCUAGUCUCCUCCUCCUCCCUCGGCCGGAACUGAACAGAACCGCAAAAAAAAAAAAAGUCUCCAUUUAUUUAAUACGAUGAUCUCUGCGAAAAGGAAC